UUGUGGGAGGAGGGCCCAGGCUGGACUAGAGAAGUGCUUUAGUGUUGGCACCCAGAAACUAUCCCUGGGUCUAGCAAGAGGGACAUGGGCUUGUGGCAUUUCUUCAACUGCAUGCCAGAGGAAAAAGGGCUCUUUGGAGCCUGUAUGUCUUGCUUGUGACCCUGGGAGCACCCAGCUGAGGCCUCCCCAGUGCUUACAAGUCUGGGAGACUACAAAUUUUUAACUAGAUGCGUUGAUCAUUAACGGGAUAGAAAGGAAUUCAAACUCAGCCUCACCUGGGGACAUAAGCCAGCUAGGCCCCAGGCUGCCUGAGAUAUGCUGGGUCCCCGAAUGUUGGCCUCUGUGAGACAGGGGCUGAGAAAGAGCUUGUCUAGGAACACGAGGGGCUGGGCCUCGGGAGAGAGGAAGAAGGUGAACAUCACAGGCAUCUACCCCCCGGUGACCACCCCCUUCACUGCCAACGCAGAGGUGGAUUAUGGGAAACUGGAGGAGAACCUGCACAAACUGGGUACCUUUCCCUUUCGAGUCUCAGGUGCUGGGGAGAGACACCUGCAGGAGCCCUCAACCCACCACCUGCUGCUGCCAGGGAAGCAAGAAGCAGCCAGGCUUCGUGGUCCAAGGCUCCACUGGAGAGUUCCCCUUCCUGACCAGCGGCGAGCGACUGGAGGUGGUGAGCCGAGUGCGCCAGGUCGUGCCCAAGGACAAGCUCCUGUUAGCAGGCUCCGGCUGCGAGUCCACUCAAGCCACCGUGGAGAUGACUGUCAGCAUGGCGCAGGCCGGGGCUGAUGCUGCCAUGGUGGUGACUCCUUUCUACUACCGCGGCCGCAUGAACAGCGCUGCUCUCAUUCACCACUACAGCAAGGUUGCUGAUCUCUCUCCAAUUCCUGUGGUGCUGUACAGCGUCCCAGCCAACACAGGACUGGACCUGCCUGUGGAUGCAGUGGUCACACUUGCUCAACACCCAAAUAUUGUGGGCAUGAAGGACAGUGGUGGCGAUGUGACGAGAAUCGCGCUGAUUGUUCACAAGACGAGGCAUCAGGAUUUUGGGGUACUGGCUGGAUCUGCUGGCUUCUUGCUGGCCAGCUAUGCCUUGGGAGCUGUGGGGGGCGUGUGUGGCCUGGCCAACGUGCUGGGAGCCCAGGUGUGCCAGCUAGAGCGACUCUGCCUCACUGGGCAGUGGGAGGAAGCCCGCAAGCUGCAGCUCCGCCUCAUCGAGCCUAACACUGCGGUGACCCGGCGCUUCGGAAUCCCAGGGCUGAAGAAAGCCAUGGACUGGUUCGGCUACUAUGGGGGACCCUGCCGUGCCCCACUGCAGGGGCUGAGCCCCGCUGAAGAGGAGGCACUGCGCUUGGACUUCAGCAGCAAUGGCUGGAUCUGAAGGCGCCCUGGGAACGCCGGGCUGGAGCCCUCUGUCUCUCCUUGCCCCUGCAUCCUGCAGAGUGAAGAAGAGUGGGGGAUGGGCCAGGAGCUCCUUUCCCGCUUCACCCCUACUAGGCACCCCCGUGCAACCUCCCCGUCUCCCCCUAUUUCUCUCCUAGAUAUGCCGAGUCUCUAAAGACCAGCGGACUGGGCAGGAGGAAUCCCUGACCUGCCUCUGUACUGUGUAUGCUAUUCUCUAUCCCGGGCCCAGAAAACGGAGAGCAGAGGGGAAGAGGAGAGAACGGUGGGGUCACAGGGAACUGUACACUGAAGGGAUGAUUAUUAGCCUUCUGAGUCAGGGUUAUUACUAAAAAUGCAGGUUCUGACUGUUUCCAGAGGAUGCAGCGGGCUAGGAAACCUGAUUGGGAGAAUGUCGCUGGGCUUUGGAAGACCCCAAACUGCAUUCCAGUCACUAUGCCCCUCCUAAAUCUGUUUUCAUUCCGUCUUGUUUACUCACCAUCAAGUGCACAGACAGCUUCAUGGCUGUUAAACUGGUAAAUAAUGACACCUGCUGGAUAAACACACAUUCUGGAAGACUAAUUGGACUGGCCCACUCUGCAACACUAAGGAAGGGGUCUUGGCACGAGACAGAGCCAUCUUCAUAUCUGUAAGCACUCUGCUUAUUAUUAAAAAUAACCAUGUUGUCACUAUAAUAAAGUUUAACAAAUAAAA